AUGAUUGCAUCGGACAACUCUGCGCAAGGGGUUGAAGAUGUAUGCACUGGUAUCAUUCAACAGACCGAUCUUGACGAAACCGAGUUCUACAGCCGUCUGCUAAUGCUGGAUGGAGAUUUGGGGACCUGUGUCAAUGUCAAGUGUCUUCAGAACCAACGAUUUCCCAGCUCACAUAUAGAAAAUAGCCUUGACAACUUCUGUCCCCUUCUUGGCGGCGCACACACACUAUGGAAUAUCGGACAAGCUAUCUACACAAAACACUUUGGAAAUAACUCUGACUCACGUGAUUCUGGAGCUUGGAGGUACCUGGAAUCUCUUGGGAUACCAUCUAGUAAAACACUUGACAAGAAGGAUUUUACUUUGAUGAUAGCAAACAUGAUCAAAAUCCAUGAAGCUACAAUUGUCCACUGUGUCAUGCUUGAGAUGGGAAAGAAAAAUGCUUCACUGGACCCCGAACCUCAAGAGCUCCCCUCAAAGGAGAUUGCUGCAAUCAUCAAAUCUACCCACGCCCGCUUUUUCUCAGCAAAAGCCCGCGCUGAUGCAAGUAAAAGGGAGUCCCCCAAGCUGUUGAAUCUUCAGUUGCGACUGCUUGACUUUGCUUCAGUUUGUGAAGCCAAUGCAGCCAUGAAGCUUGGUGAUAUUGGCCGAGUUAUGUUCAUGUGGAAGCGCUGGGCUGUAAUGGCACAGGGAAUCAAAAAGCUAUCAAACUAUGCCGUACAUCUUCCGCGAAUGGUUGUUUUAAUCAACGAAAUCUUGCCUCCAGGAUUAUCAAAAGUUGUUCGCCACGCUCUUUUGGUGGCCCCAAGCAAUCGGCAGAAGCACUUUGUUGCAAAAGAUCUCUACCUUGAAUUGCAGAACUACUCACUGAAGUAUUUCUUCAACCACUCUGGGAAAGGUACUGAUAUUAAGAGACUGAGGGAUGUUUACUCAGUCAAUGUACCAUUGCUGCAAAGCUUGAUACAGGGACUGAACAAACAGUCUGGCUCCGAGAAUGUGAUCCAAUCACAUCACAACAAAAUCAAGCUCCAAUCUUUGAACAAUUGCCUCAGGAUGGUUCGCCAGAAUGACGUCUGCAACAUUUCAAGCAAGAAUUCGCAAUACAUUCCUGAAGAAACACCAUACUUUUACAAAAAAGGAAUGGCAAAGCUAUCUAGUGACAGCGACAGUGGCAGAAUAAACCGUCUCCGGCCUCCUCCGAUAUCUAACUGGGAUGUAGAUGAGUUUGCUACAGGUUGUCAAUAUAACAACAUCAAUUCAGAUACAAGUGAGAGUGAUGGUUCAAGCAAAGAAGACAGUGAAGAGGACAGUAGUAAAGAUGAAUCUGAGGAAAAUGAAUCAACCCCUUCUGCUCUUGAUUAA